AUAUUAUAGUAUUGUUAUGCAACAUUAUUAUGUAUUUCUUUAGUAUGUUUUGCGUUUUUGAUGCUUAUAACUGUCUUUCUCAAGUCUUUAGGUUUGUCAUUGUCGUUUAAAAAUUUCAGGGGGAAACAAUGACAACUGUGAGUUAAAUAGACUUUUAGCACAGAAGCAGCAGCUGUGAACCCCGCCGGCUCUGACAACCCCCUCUAUUUAUCAGCUGCGUGUGCACCGACCCCAAGGGCCUACUCGCUAAUUAGCAUAUCACAAUAUGCUCUGGUCUUAAAGGAGCAUUUCGCCCAAGAAUUACAAUUUUGUCAUUUACUCAUCCUCAUUUUGUUCCAAAAAUAUAGGACUUUCUUUACUUAAAAUGCUAUUUGCACUUACAAAAAUCUGUGGCAUUUGAAGUGCAUUGAAAUAUUGUCCUCGCUAGGCCACUUCCUGCGGAGGGUGACAUGGACUCCUCCUGCACCCUGAACGAGGGGAGAACUUCUCCCCCAAACUCUCUCCUCAUUGGUGGAGCCGGAGGAGGCGGAGCUCACCGGAAGCGUCGCACGCUGGUGGCCCCGGAUAUGAACUUGUCGUUGGACCAGAGCGAAGGGUCCUUGCUCUCCGAUGACUUCCUGGAUACGCCUGAUGAUCUGGAUAUUAACGUGGAUGAUAUCGAGACGCCCGAUGAGACAGAUUCGCUUGAGUUCAUUACCAACGGCAACGACCUGGAGUGGGAGGAUGAUACACCCAUCGCCUCAGCCAAAGCGCCUCCUGCUGACAGCAACGCUGAUGGAGAAGGUGUGGACGGGAAGGGUGUCAACGGGCGUUUGUGGAGGACCGUGAUCAUUGGUGAACAGGAACAUCGGAUCGACAUGCAGGUCAUACAGCCCUAUCUGCACGUCAUAUCGCAUGGAGGGUACUAUGGCGAAGGCUUGAAUGCCAUCAUUGUGUUCACGGCUUGUUACCUUCCUGACAGCAGCUGCCCAGAUUACCAUUACCUGAUGGAAAACCUCUUUCUGUAUGUGGUGAGCAGUCUGGAGAUGCUGGUGGCUGAGGAUUACCUGAUCAUCUUCAUGAACGGAGGAACGCCGCGGAGUAAGAUGCCUGGCAUUAGCUGGCUCAAGAAGUGCUAUCAGAUGAUCGACAGAAGACUGAGGAAAAACCUGAAAUCUCUGAUUAUCGCUCAUCCGUCCUGGUUUAUCCGGACUGUCAUCGCAAUUUCCAAACCCUUCAUCAGCGUGAAGUUCAUGAAUAAGAUCCGUUAUGUGCACAGUCUGGAAGAGCUGGAAAAGAUUGUUCCUAUGGAUCAUAUCCAGAUCCCAGAGUGUGUCUUACAAUUUGAAGAGGGAAGAAUGAACGCUAGAAAAGAGAGAAUGGAGCAGGAACAGAAAGAGCAGCAGCAUCAAGACCAGCAACGGAAGCCCGUCAAUCCAGAGACGACAACAGCGAUUGAAGAACCUGGACUCUGAGCGGACGAGCUUGAAUUUUUUUUUUUGUUGCUGAUCUUGGACCAUUUUUCAUAUUCCCAAAUUAUAUAUUAAUACGCAUAUCAGAUGACUCGAAACUGGUCUCAGAUCAGCAACAAAGUGGAAACUUUAAUCAAAAGUUGGAGGGUGAGAAGGCCAGCUGCUCUCGCUUUCGUCUGCAAAGGCACAAUUUUAAAAAAAGCAUCUCCAAAUCCACCAACAGACGGCACUACGCACAGAGAAAUGUCGCUGUUUUCGGUAGCAGGAUGACCAUCAUGCACAGUAGCCUCUUU